UGAAAUUCUGGAAGACACCGCUGAGAGGUCCAGAGGACAUGAAGCCAGGGCGGGAGGUGCUCAAAGAAGAGGGUGAGUCUAAGCUUGAACCGGGGGAUGAAGAAGCAAGUCCCCCAACCCAGGAAGGGGCUCCGGAGGAUGUCCCAGAUGGAGGCAAGAUAAGCAAAGCCUUUGAGAAGCUAGGCAAGAUGAUCAAGGAGAAGGUGAAAGGCCCCAGAGAACCCGAGCCCCCCACUGACCUGUACACCAAAGGGCGGUACGUGAUGGUCUCUGGAGAUGCCAGUUUCAUAGAUCCUGGCUUCUGUGUCUUCUCCGCCCCAGUCAGAGGGGGCAUGGUGGUUUCUAAGGGUGACGACUCUGUGCGUCCUGACGGUGGCUUGGAACCCUCUCCCCAGCAGCCUGAGCCCCCUCUGGAGGAUGGACAGGGGCCUCCCCCGGAGAAAGAAGACAGUCUGGAGAAUGAAGGGGGGCCUCCCCAGGAGAAAGAAGACAGUAUGAAGGAGGUAGGGGGGGCCCUUCAGGGGAAACAAGAUGGUCUGAAGGAUGAAGGGGGGCCUCCUCAGGAGAAAUAAGAUGGGCUGAAGGAUGAAGGGGGGUCUCCCCAGGAGAAAGAAGAUGGUCUGAAGGAGGUAGGGGGGCCCCUGCAGGGGAAAGAAGACAGACACCCCCCUACCCUGCACCCUGCAGAUGAAGGGGAUGAGAAAAACGCCAAAGAACUGGAGGGCCUCCAGGGGAAACAGGAUGGCCAGAAGGAGGAGGAGGGGGCCAGAGGGCCCUGUCCCAUGGUGGCACCUGGUCCAGAGGGGCCAUCUACACCCCGGUCUCAAGGGCCUCAGGUCACUCUGGGUGGGCCCGAAGGGCAUGGGGCUCAGAGCAGCAGCCGGCCGGCGAGAAGCCCUCCCAGGAAGCUGGCCUACAAGAAGGUGGAGGUGAUGGAAUCCAUAGAGAAGUUUUCCACUGAGAGCAUCCAGACGUACGAAGAGACUGCUGUCAUUGUGGAGACCACGAUUGAAAAGACGAAGGCAAACAAGAAGAAACUGGGAGAGAAGGGAUCCUCCAGUGCCUGAGCUAACCGGGAGGAGGUGCCUCUGGGCCCCUGAGGACACGUGCUUGGAUGUUUUAGAACAGAGGCUACAAGGGUGAGGAUACAAGGUUCUUUGGA